UGUCGAGCCAGCACACCGCCGGCCGGGGUCCUUUCAGAGCAACAACAUGGCUGCCUUGUGCAGGGGCAGACACCGGUGGAAGAGGACUAACUGUCUGCGUGUUUUGACCAGAAAGCUGACAGGGAAGUAUGACUAUGACCUGGUGGUUAUUGGUGGAGGUUCAGGAGGCCUGGCCUGUUCCAAAGAAGCGGCACAGUUGGGACAGAAGGUGGCUGUUUUAGAUUAUGUGGAGCCAUCUGCUAAAGGUACCAAAUGGGGUCUUGGUGGGACGUGUGUUAAUGUCGGCUGCAUCCCCAAGAAGCUCAUGCACCAGGCGGCUCUGCUCGGUACUGCAGUAAAGGAUGCUAAGAAGUACGGCUGGCAGAUCUCAGGGCCAAUCUGGCAUGACUGGGCCACCAUGGCAGAGGCUAUUCAAAACCACGUCAGGUCCCUGAACUGGGGGCACAGAGUUCAGCUCCAGGAUAAGAAGGUGAAGUAUCUGAACGUCAGAGGAAGUCUGGUGGAUGACCACACUGUUAAAGGACUAUCGAAAGCAGGGAAAGAGAUGAUCCUGACUGCCAGGAACAUUGUGAUCGCCACAGGUGGAAGACCCAAAUACCCAACAAAUAUCCCAGGAGCCGUGGAGCACGGCCUCACCAGUGACGACAUCUUCUGGCUGAAGAAGUCGCCGGGGAAAACGCUUGUGGUUGGAGCCAGCUAUGUGGCUCUGGAGUGUGCAGGCUUCCUCACCGGCAUUGGCUUGGACACCACAGUGAUGGUCCGCAGCAUCGCCCUCCGGGGGUUUGAUCAGCAAAUGGCGGGUCUGGUGACAAACUACAUGGACGCAUAUGGGACCAAAUUUGAAUGGAUGUGUGUCCCAAAAAGAGUGGACAAACUGUCCUCAGGAGCUCUCCAGGUGACCUGGACUGACACCCACACAGGCAACGAACACAAGGACACCUACGACUCUGUGUUAUGGGCAGUUGGCAGAGCCCCUGAAACCAAAGCGCUGGGCCUGGACAAACUUGGUGUGCAACUCAGAAAGGAGACGGGGAAAAUAGUUGUGGGCGCUGACGAAUCCACAUCGGUGCCAAACAUCUACGCUUUUGGUGACAUCGGCGAGGGUCGUCCGGAAUUAACCCCAACCGCCAUUAAAGCAGGAAGGUUCCUCGCCCGUAGACUGGCUGGUCACAGCAAUGAACUCAUGAACUACGACAACGUGCCCACCACAGUGUUCACCCCCCUUGAGUAUGGCUGUGUGGGUCUAUCUGAGGAGGAGGCUGAGAGGAGGCACGGGAAAGACGGCAUAGAGGUCUACCAUGCUUUCUACAAGCCUCUGGAAUUCAGUGUUGCAGAGCGGGAUGCCAGCCAGUGUUACUUAAAGGUAAUAUGUAAGCGGGGUGGAGACCAGAAGAUCCUGGGUCUGCACUUCACCGGUCCAAACGCCGGAGAAGUCACACAGGGCUUUGCUAUGGGCUUCCAGUGUGGAGCAACAUAUUCCCACCUGGUGCAGACAGUGGGCAUCCACCCAACCUGUGCCGAGGAGCUGAACAAGGUCAACAUCACAAAGCGGUCCGGCUUGGACGCCACGGUAACCGGCUGCUGAGGUUAAGCACCUCGGUGUCUGAACACUGGUGAGCACACACGGUCCCUCUGCAGCAGUAGAAAGAAGUUAGCCUUCCUCUCCUUUUCCCUCUCCUUCUUCAUGGCCCCAAAAUGGCCCCCAGUUUCCCAGUGCUUUCUCUGGGAUCAGGGUCUCUUCAUAGCCCAGGUUAGUGUCACUGACAAGUCACAUCAUAACCAAGGCUAUGAUUAUUCCAUAUACACGCAUUUUGUGAGUGUAUCCACUGAAAGCACAGGGUUAUAGAUCAGGUAAGUGAGAGGCCUGACCGCGGAGCGAGCGUCUUUUAAAUAAACAGGCUCAUCAAUCAGGAUUAGGGCCUGUGCUCAGGGUUUUGUUGAAAUCGUAACGUUUUUCUGAAUAUAUAUAUUCUGCAAAUAUUGUUGUUUCUCUGGCUGUACUUCCUGUCCAUUAGUCUUGGAGGUGACACAUACCAUUUACGCCCCCCCAUGACACUGAUGGAUGGCCCCAGGGCCGUCGACGCAGUGACACCGCCCCAUUUCCCAUGGACACACACAAACCGCCUGUCAGUCAGCCAGCUAAGAUCUGGCCAGGCAGCUCCAGCUUGCUUAGGGCCCAGCAGACCCCAGACCCCAGACCCCUUCUUUUUCCUCCCAUGCCAUGCUCCAUUCCAAUGCACAAAAGAGUAGAGAGGGACUUCAAACAUGUGCUGUCAAAAGCUGUGUGGAUGCCCCAGCCUGGGCACGGGGCAACUCUGACUGAUGAUACCACAACUGUGAGAGGUCUGCCAUCUGUACUAUUCAGACUCACCCAAAGGUGGCACUAUUGCCCUCCAAUUCUCCCCUUUUUUAGAGCCAAGUAUGGAAGACAGGAUAACAUAGCCAAUGGAUAAAACAUAAGCCUGAAUACAUUCAGGUUGCACAUUUAAUCCCUUUAAUCCCUAUAAAAGAUAUGCGCUUUUGGAUGACGUUUGAAAGCAGACUGGCUUUAUUGGUGCCAAACUGAUAAGGGUUAUCUGUUGUGUAUUUACGUGGAUGGCAGGUUAGGCCUAAAAGUCAUCACCCUUGAAGAUAAGGCCAGUUGUUUAUAUCAUAAAGCAGUAAUAGCCCCCCCCCACAGUUUUCCAAAGUGCCCACAGUGCUCAACCUGCUAGCUGUACUGGACAUCUUGGGUUUAUUAAGUAGAGGAUGAAGAGGAGGAGGGUUGUCAAUAAAGCGGGUUGCAAGAAAUUGGGGGAUCUAAGAGGAGGCUGCUGGGUGUAGUUUAUUUUUAUUUGAAGUCUAAUCUGCCGGGUCUGAUUAAUGAUUCCGAUGAUGGGAGUGACAGUGUGCCAGGUGAUGGAGAGAGGAAAAAGAGAGAGAGAGAGGGAGAAGUACCAGGUUUAUUUGGACCUGGGCCAGAGGAGAGAGAGCUGACUUUCAGCCCUGGUUAGGGAGGGAAGGGGGAUUCCUGUGUGCUCUGUUCAGGGCCGAGGUGCUGACUGAAGGACCCUGACCUCCGCUCAGCAGGAACAGCUUGACUCUAUCACUUGGAGCACAGAGGGCUCACAUGCUGCGGCGCUGCACGGCAGGGGCCUGGGAGGGGGGGUCUAGGAUGGCCAGGGGAUGGACAGGGCCAACCAACACAACAGUGAGCAGUGGCAGCGUGUCUGCCCAGGGUAAUUGAGUCGGUGUUCCUGUGCUUAACGAGCCACUUCAGAGACCUCAGGGUGGGCCCGAGGCAACGCGAGGGAAGUUAUCGAGGCCAUGAGUGUAACUGUAAUGUCUGUUUGCUUUUUACCUUCCACUUCCCUUCUGCGUUUUUUCAUCUGCUCUACAUCUCACACAAUCGCUCCUCACACACACAGAAUGACGUUGUUAUGACACAUCUGUCUAAUUAAAUAUCUGUUCAUUGUUGUUGGUCAGUCACUCCAGGCCCAAUGUUUGACCAGUCAGCCUCUGCUGUGCCCCAUGGAGGGGGGUCAGGGUUCAACUUUCACGUCAGCCAGCUAAUGAUGACCUGCACUAAAACCCAAAACUGGGGAGUGCCGGCCUGAUGUCACCUGGCUGUAAACUUUAGUAUUGUAAAUAGAGAAGUGUUAAUUUUCCCUUAAAGCUUUGUUAUAAAUAAUUUAAAUGUAAAGUAAUAACACUUUGGAAUGGAAAUUGUCACUAUUAAAACAAUGAUGCCCACUGA